AUGUUUCUGUCAACAGCGCCAUACCCCAUUACUGAAGAAAAUAAUAGCAGCCAUGAGAAGUACGGUGCUGGUGGCGAGGAGGAUCUGGUGAUAGGCACCGUUGAAAACAUAUUCGCAUUUCUCGGUACCGCCAUAGAGUUCGCGUGCAACUUCCUCGCUACACUUGACAGAGACAAAGGCACCUGCGCGAGUGCGGAUCAUGAUAUCCCCAUCGACUACCUUGCCGGUGGCGUUGCGGACUGA